AUGAUUAUGCUAACCAGAGCUACGUCGGCUCAUAAUUUUGACAGAUGGAUUACUGACUUUGUUAAAUUCCUAAAGCAAAACAAGUUAGAAGACUUAGUCCCAGACAAAUACGGAUCUGCUAAACGUACCCCAAACAAUGUUGAUAAAGCCUUUAUCUUAAACACAAUUAAUAUGUAUGUGCCAGAAAAUUCGUAUCCUGACUGGAUGAAGAGCUCAAUCUCUAAGAGAACCAACCUCCUUACUCUAAUUCUGCAUGCCGUUGGAGCUGUUGCAAAUAAUGACCCUGAAGAAGAAUUACUCAACGAAUUACAUAACAUUACAUUCGAUGGCUCUAAUGCUGCCUUUAUCUUCGCGGCCAAGAUCCGUUCUCUUUUCGAGAAUUGUAAAACUUCUAAAACUGACAUUUCCGAAUCACUAGUAUGCAAGUUCAUUAUGAAAGGUUUGAGAGGAACAUAUCAGACGCUGAACGCUAGAUAUUCCCUGGACGGUAUCAAAAUUACGUUGGAAUUACUUCUACGUGAUAUUCAGAUCCAAUACGACAUAGAAAAAAACGGAAUAAAUCUUCUGAUCCAAGGAACAAACCUACACCGAAUACUGCGGUCAAACCUGUAG